CAUUGCACCGGGGAGGAGUUGUUGGUGGUGUGAGUGGGCUAGCGGUGAGGGGGCAGGGAGUCAUGCUGGAUUUUGAGUCGCGCGACACCUUCGCCAUGGGAGCGGUGAGACAGAUCUGUUUAUUGAGCAUUGCCAACUCAGCUGUGAGACAUUGCUAUGAGCGAGACGAAGAGAUUGAGCCACCGUAGGAGUCGUUGCAUUGAUCAGCAGCGCGAUCGCGUGGGGCGAUCGGCUAGCCUAGUCUACUCUAGCUUAAAGCUCGCUCGACGCGAUGAUGUCGUGCGUCUUCGGCCUCGCCUGGCUCGCUCACAAAAGGCUUUUGACGGACGGACGAGGGAGAUGAGCCUCGGAGCAGUCGGACGACAAGAGUGCGGCGGCGGGAGGAGCGGGGCGCGCCGAGCUCGUGGACCGAGAGGAAGCCUUGUCCUGUCUCGCGAAAAAAGGCUCGAGCGAAAGGGAGAGAGGAAGAAGCAAGCCUCCGCGUGCGACAUCCAUCGAUUCAUCGAUCUCACUUGCUCAUUACUACCACUCAUCCCUCCUCCUCCUCCUCCUCCUUCUCCCACUCUCGUGGCGCUCAAUUGGACCUCGGAACCCCUUGGUCGCCGUCGCUUUCCACCCCUUUAGCGUCCUCCGCAGUUUGUCGUGUGCCGCCUUUCCUUCCUCCUCGCCGUCCUCUUCGCCGGAGCGCUCAGUCCAAUUCCGAGCCGGACGUCCUUGAGCUUUCACCGAGAGUAGCAGGAGAUCGACUCCUAGUUGGUGCCCGCGUCUCCUU